UGAAACCGUCUAACCAUAGAACCGCUGGUGAGGACUGAGGACGUCAGCGCAGUCGGUUAGUGCCGAGUAUUCGUUGGGUUGCUUUCGUCGUGUGCCGCAUUCGUACCGUGUCGUAGAUAAUUGUUAUAGCAUGUAAUAAUAAUUUUAAACAACAUUUUUUUUAGCAAAAUAUUUAUAUAAUUAGUUCUGAGUGUGUUCGCCUCUGGACGCGUUUUAUUAUAUUAUUGGACCGUGUGUAGGUAUGUUUUGAUUAAGUGCGAAAAAAAUCGUGUUCCAACAAAAAUGGCCGAUAUUUAGUUGACCAUGUAUUUGUGGUAGUAUACAUGACGCGUUGUGAGUAUAUUUGCUCAUGUCCUGCAAUUCAAAUAUUGUUAUACUACAGGUUCACAUUCGAAUAAUUUUGAAGUGAACAUUUCAUUCAGCUACAAAAAUACUGCAAUCGUUGGCGUUGAACCAUGUGAAUUAGUACUGACGUACCGGACCUCCGCACUAUGUAUCGAUCAAACUUUUACGAGAGCACGUGCUUGCGAUGCUACCAAACAGUAUACCAAGUAGAUCGGGUGGGCCCACUCAAGGACUUCACGUUCUUCCACAGCGGUUGCUUCAAAUGCAUCGUUUGUGGCACCAAAUUAACGUUGAAGACUUACUACAAUAAUCAGCAUCGACAGGAAGACAAAGAAGUUUACUGCUCAAGCCAUGUUCCCAAAAUCGGUCCGGGACAUUUGGACGGGACGUCUGUGGGAAUAAGGAGUGCCUUGAACGUACCCAAGUCCACCACGUUUGUCAAUGACCAAAUUCGUGGCAGCGGUAAAGGUACGUUUGACGCUGAAGCGCUUAACAUCAAGCAACAUCUUAAUGGUUCUACGCCACACCGGUCUCAGUCGCCUUUACCACCCUACAUAAAUGCGUCCAGCCCCGACACUGGAUACCAGUAUGGCAGGUUCGACGCCUCCGCUUUGCACAUAGCACACGCGCUCAGGGCCACCGAGCUUCACAAGUCAUACGCCAACAAAAAUGGCAUCAGAGAGAAACCAAUACACUGCUACUUGGAUAAAGAUGAACAAACGCGGCUGGAAAUGAAACACCGCAAAGAAGAGGAUGAUUUGUAUAGGAAAUUUGCGAAGCAACGCGAAGCCGAAGAUAACCGAAUCAAAGAAGAAAUUAAUAGCGAGUGGGAAAAAGAACUAGAAAGGUUGACCAUAAGAUUUGAGAAAGAAUUACAAAUGAAAAGAAAAAGACCGGACGAACAAAAAGUUCUUACGUUAAAGCUACAGCAAGAACGUGAUAAUCUUGAGAAGAACAUGACGCUGAGACGUGACAAAAAGAAGGAAACGUUAACCAAAAAACUUUUAGAACACGAAAGAGCUGCUACCGCAGCCUUGGUGGAGAAGCAAAGUAGCGAAAUGUUAGAGCUCAUCAACGAGAAACGUAGCGAAUACAUGAUGGCCGAAUCGCUGUACUUGGACGAUUCGUCGUUACCGGACGAGACUACUGAGACUCUUAACGAUAACGUCCAACCGUACCCGGGCAAGGCGCCAUUACCGCCUUCACCUCAUGGAGUAGCUCAAGCCAAAUUCCAGCUGUAUUCCGACCCAUUGGAAUUUGCUCACAUUGACCAAAUUGCCAUUUCGGUAGCGCAAGAAGACCAAAAAACAUUCACAGAUUUAGUCAGGAUGUUGGUUGGAAAAUGUGGCUCAGAUAUCGAAAAAGCCAGAACGAUAUUUCGAUGGAUAACCGUAAAAAAUUUAAACACAAUGAAUUUCGACGAUAAUCUCAGAGGCGACACACCGAUGGGUCUCCUCAGAGGUAUCAAGCACGGGACAGAAAGUUACCAUGUAUUAUUUAAACGAUUAUGCAGUUAUGCCGGUCUACAUUGCGUAGUCAUUAAAGGAUACUCCAAGUCUGCAGGAUAUCAACCUGGAGUUCAUUUCGAGGACAGCCGUUUCCGGAAUUCGUGGAACGCCGUUUACGUUGCAGGCGCGUGGAGGUUUGUGCAGUGCAAUUGGGGUGCCAGGCAUCUAGUAAACGCUAAAGAGGUGCCCAAAGUUGGUGUUAAAGGCAAAUCCGACAGCCUAAGGUACGAAUAUGAUGACCAUUAUUUCCUGACCGAUCCGAGGGAGUUCAUAUACGAAUUCUUCCCUCUGCAAGCCGAAUGGCAACUUUUGAAAAAUCCAAUUACACAGCGGGAUUUCGAGGAUUUGCCGUUCGUCAGAUCGCUUUUUUUCCGUUAUGGUCUCUACUUCCCCGACUCGAAUACCAAAGCCGUUAUGUACACGGACGCCACAGGCGCUGCCACUGUGAGAAUAGCAAUACCUACAAAUAUGCAGUCCAACCUGAUAUUUCAUUACAACUUAAAGUUUUACGAAAGUGAAGGGGAUACUUAUGACGGAGUCAGCCUAAAACGUUUUGUCAUGCAGUCGGUGCUUGGUAAUAUCGUCGCAUUUCGUGUACACGCUCCCAAUAGUGGCGCUUUCCUUUUGGACAUAUUCGCCAAUUCGGUGACGCCUAAAGAGUACUUAACUGGAGAACCAAUGAAGUUUAAGAGUGUGUGCAAGUUUAAAAUAAUAUGUGAAGAGUUGCAGACAGUCAUGGUGCCAUUACCUGAUUGUGCUAGUGGCGAAUGGGGUCCCACCAAAGCAACUCGGCUCUUCGGUCUCAUACCAAUAUCUCAUCAGGAUCCAUUAGUGUUUGCCGGACGAGAGUUAGAGAUCCAAUUUCGUAUGUCUAAGCCAUUGACAGACUUCAUGGCGACGUUGCAUAAAAACGGGGUAGAAGAAAAACGGUUGUCAAAGUACAUUUCACACACUAUUGUCGAUGACUUCAUAACAUUCUUAAUUGGAUUUCCGGAAGAAGGACAAUACGGAUUGGAUAUUUACACACGGGAAAUAUCAUCAUCUACAGAAGAAAAUCAACACAGAUACACAAAUGGCAGUGUCAACGGUGGAGAAAAACAUUUGCUUACACAUUGUUGCAAAUACUUAAUCAAUAGCUCUAAAAGAAAUUAAAUAAUAAUAAUACUGAACAUUUUAUAAAUAUAAAAAUGUAUAAUAUUAUAAUUUGUAAUUACUGUUAAUUAAUGUUAGGAUAAGAAUAUUUUACGUUUUUAACUAAUUUUUGUUUGUAAUUAUAUAUCUGUUUUUAAACUUGAUUUUAAUGCUAGAUCAAAACAACACCAUGCAUACUCUAUAAUUAUAUUGA